AUUUUAAGAAUGAAAAAUAGCCACGGUUAAGAUUUACAUAAUUAUGAGAAGAUCCUGAAUCAAGAAUGAAGAGAGGCAGUUCAAGAAUAAUAAAGGAAAAACUGAAGAAAAGAGAAGCAAAGGAAGUUACAAGCUAGAUUUUAAUAAUUAGAAGUGCUACUUAAAAUCAAACAGGAGCAAUGAACGCACGUUUGUAUUGCUUAGGAGCAGAAGAAGGUGGCGGAGAAGAAACGGGACAGAUCGGUAACGAUUCGGGCAAUCAUGUCUGGAUCGAUAAGAUGGGUUACGAUACUAAUUUCGACCAGCGUAACGUGAGAAGACGAGAUGAAAUCAAUUUCCCAUCCCACGGAUCGUCGCCGUCUUGCGGUCCAGCGGUCAUGUUCGGCAAUAUGGACACCUUGCGUAACAAUAUUUGCACCGCACCCUCCUCCAACGUGACGUCAGGUACCGAUAGAUCACGAGCUUACGAUAUCGGGACGACAUCUUGCAUGACGACGAGAUGCGCUACGUAUGCGCAGGAUGCUAAUCGCACCGUGGCAUGCAAUGCUGUGCCGGCGACAAUAUGUAAUACUGCGUCAACGACACGCAAUGUCGCAAGCGGCGAUCUGAUGGGGACGUUGCCCGGCAACAAUAAUGGUCACUUGGUUGGCCCUCGACAAUCGGAGAACACGACCGUCCCGAGGAGCUGCCAAUCGGGACCGAUCGACGUCGAGGAUCUCGCAAAGUACUUCGACCAGAUGCAAAACUCGUGCAAACCGUCCUCGAUGCCGAUUAAUCGCGCGAUUUACUCGAAGAGGCCGAAACAGGGGCAGACCGCGCGGAUAGAUCAGCCUCGACAGGAGGACGAUUGUCGCUUUCUAGAUUUCUGCAAUCUACGCUCUUGCCCAGCUCUAGGACCCAGCGAUCCACGACCGUGCGAUCUAAGAUCCGUUGAUCCACAUGAUCUAACCGCUGCUAAUGAUCUAAACAAUACCGGAGAUCUGACAUAUCGCGACUUGGGAUUCGUCGAACCGCGAUCUUGCUAUCUGGGAUUUAAAUUCGACAAUCCACGAUUCCAGGACUCGGGAUACGCCAAUCUGUCGCGGUUUUGCGAUACACCGUUCGUGUACGAUGCGAAACUGGAACGAAGCGAUCUAGAACGCAGCGAUAAUCCAAAGUGGUCCAACGAUUGGCUCUGCAACGAUUGUCCGGAAUUGUUUAAUUUCUGCAGCGAGGAACGAUGGUUGCGAUGUCCGGCGAGCGAUCGCUGCCCCCUUUACGACACCUCGUAUGCUCACGGUGCCCCCGUCCUACCACCGUGCUUGUACGAGAAUCUGCAUACUUACAACGAUAUACAUUAUGAUUACGCGGAUGACGAACAGCUUGUAGAGGAUUAUUUGAGUAACGAGAAAAGGAAGGAAAGAUCCCGCGAUGCAGCGCGCCACAGACGUAGCAAGGAAACCAACAUCUUUACCGAACUCGCGGCCGCGCUUCCGGUCGCGCCGGAACAGGCAGCGCACUUAGAUAAGGCCAGCGUAAUGAGGCUAGCGAUUGCUUACCUCAAAGUCCGGUCCGUUGUGGAUUCCAUUCCAGCUUCGUUGACAAAAUCCGAAUCGGCCGCAGAGAUAGAUGAACUAUUUCCGAAAGCUCUCAACGGUUUUAUGCUAGUACUCUCCAGUGAUGGCAAUAUGGUCUACCUGUCGGAGAAUGUCAGUGAUUAUCUCGGAGUGUCGCAAAUGGACAUGAUGGGGCAAAGUGUAUACGAAUACAGUCAUCCCUGCGAUCAUGACGAAUUGCGUGAGUGCCUCUCCUUGAAACCGACGGACAAGAGUGAGAAACGUGCCUGCAGCUUCUUCCUGCGGCUCAAGUGUACUCUCACCAAUAAGGGUAGAAAGGUCAAUUUAAAGAGCGCCUCCUAUAAGGUGAUCCAUUGCACCGGUAGACUAACAUACAUCCGCGACUCGAAUUCGAACUCCAUGGAAGUUGAUAAUGAGGAGCAAGAGAAAGAGGAUGAACUCGCCGAACAAGACACCGGCGCAUCUCUAGUGCUCGUAGGAAGUCCCAUACCUCAUCCCAGUAACAUCGAAAUACCUUUGGGACGCCAUACUUUUCUGUCGAAACACAGUCUCAGCAUGAAGUUCACCUAUGCUGAUGAAAAACUGGCUGAAUAUCUGGGCUGGGACAGCGAAGAACUGAUGGGUCGAUCUGUCUUCGAGUUUUACCACGCACUUGACAAUCUGGCGCUGGAUAAGUGUUUCAAAUGUUUGUUCAGCAAGGGUCAGUGCGAGACUGUGGCCUACAGAUUCCUCGGGAAACGGGGCGGUUACGCCUGGGUCGUCACUCAAGCCACCCUCAUCCAUUGCUCCAAGCAACAGAAACCGAUCUCCGUUGUUUGCGUCAACUACAUCCUAAGUGGGAUCGAACACGAGGAUGAGAUAUACAGCGUGCGCCAGCUGGUCGCUCGUGACAGCGGCACCGAUUUGAAGCCGGAGAAAUCGUUGGCGAUCGCUGCUACGAGACCGACGUCGGACUCGUGUCAGGUGCUGACCGACGACGAGAUUUCCAAGGAAUCGGCCGUCGACGACGAAUCAAGAGGCGACGACCGACCGCUCGCCGUCACCGCGUCGAUCUUCCGUUCGGCCAACGGAAGGGACGACACGCGAAAGGACGACGCCUUACUGAAAGAGGCACAGGAGAAGAAGUCGUGCAUGCGAAUUCUCAAGGAUCUCUCGAUCAACGAGUCGUUGAAAGAGAACGACGAGCCGACAGCAGAUCGACAGAACUGCCAACCAGCAGUUGCGAGAACACCCUUUAUAUUCCAGGGUAAACCGGCGGUGGAGCGCGAUUCCUCAGAUAGUGCCGGACGUCGCGAUCAUCCACAGGCGGUUACAAAACAUCUGUUCGCACCCACCGUACAGCAACAACAACAGCAACAGCAGCAACAGGAACAACCGCAGCUAUCGUGCCGACCGCCGCCGCAGACGGCUACAGCGAGUAUCUUCGCGCCUCGCACCGAGGACAUGAACAAGGGCUUCCUGACUUUCAGCGAGGAUCAGCCGGGUCUUACCAUGUUGAAGGACGAGCCGGAGGACCUGACGCACCUCGCGCCCACGGCUGGCGACGUAUGUGUACCCCUCGAGGACACUCCCUUCUUAACAGACGAAAUGCUGGACGAGUUUAUCUUCGGCAAUGACAAUUAUGGUUGUCCCCUGCUGAGUCCAGGCGACACUUUGACGCCAGAAUUACGUUCCACGGAUCUCUCGGAGUCUCUUAAGGAGGCAGAUCUGACGAGUACUACCAGAACUAAGAAUACGACCGAUCGCCUGGCCGAUAGUGACCCCUUCAUGUAUGGCGAUUCGCCCGGAAGUCCCUGUGGUAUCGACUCGAGUACCGUGUCGCCAUCCCUAUCGAAAUAUCGACAGAGUCCUGAGCGCAGCGUGGACUCGUUAGGCAGUCCUACAGGAGGUAGCGGUGGCGAUGGGCUCUCCGAGGAUGAGAUGCUUAUGUUAGGUAUCAGCGACAGUAUAGGAGACGACGAGCUAGCCCUCAGAGCACCUUAUAUUCCGAUGUCGGAUCAAGAUGAGGCGUUGGAGCUGCUUAUCAGUGACGAAAUGGUCAUGUGGAGCCCGUCUCAGUCCUCCGAUAAAGGAUCUUCGAAAUGGCUACUCGAUGAUCGAGAGCAGCGAGGAUCUGAGAGCAGUUUAGCACAACUGUUACGAACCGAUCAAGCAGUAUCACGGCGAUACAACGAUCACGGCGGAGGUCUAAUGAAUCCGCUUUUCGGACAAAUAUCCAAGAAAAACACAGCCCUCGAGUCCGCUCGAUGGUCUUCUAACCAGGAACGGAACGACCGUCCUAAUAAACGCAUUCACUCCGGACUCAACGCGGACUUCGAGAGCGAGCAUAAGCGUCUCAAAUGCGAAGACUCGAUGGAGCGCAUUGCAAAUUUUGACGGCACUUUGUUGAUGAAGCAACAGCGACCAUCGAUGACAUUCUACAAAAAGUUAGCGCAACCGAGUCUCGACAAUACUUGCAACAGUCAGCUUCUACGUCGUCUCGUAUCACCUCAGAUAUCAUGCGGCAUGUCGGCGCACACAACAUCCUCGUCCAACGACGGCGGCGAUGAGCGUCGUUGCGGGGAUAUUUCCAAGCAACGCACCCGCGUUCUCAAUGACAUCAUCGACUUUGUUGAGGCGGAGGGCGAUCACGGGGGAGGAGACGGAAGUAGAAAUCGUGUCAACGAUGAUCUAGAUAGGAUUGGAACGACGAGCCAUAACCGGAAUCCGUCCUGUGGCGGCAGCAGCGUGCUAAUGAAUCUCCUGGUAUCUGGCUGCGAUGAUCCUCUCAUGAAUUCUCGCGACACGCCAAUCCUGUUACCAAAGAACCUGAUGACCCCGUUGUCCGUCAACGUGGACAACCAGAUAGUACCGCAAUGCGUGAACACGGACAACAUCGUAUCUCUACCCGAUCAUCUCAGUCCGGACACCCGAAAACACUUGAUCGGGCCGUUCACCGGUGGCGGCGACGAUGGUGGAGGAACGACACCCAUAAUUUCACCAACGACGUCCGCGAUGGCGUCCUUCGAUGGCUUCGAUUACGACGGAUCCGCCACGAAUCUACUGCAAAUCGGUCCGGAUCUUCUGCUCGGCGGCUUGCUGGACCGAAAUAUGGUAUGAUUCAACGCAUCGAACGACGAUUCGAUCAGAAGAAUUAGAAGCUGGAUUCUUUCGACACGCACGAGAAGUUUCAGAAGAUUCGUUUUCCUAUCUCCUUUGUACAAUAUUUCUCUACAAUUUAUAUUUUUAAGUUUUUGUUAGAAAUGAUUUCUUUUUGUUAACGUGGGAUAUGUUGCAUCCAAAAUUGAAAGCUGCUUCCUUCAUAGACAGGAAAAAUCGUUUCAAAAUAUUAUUUGAAAGAUAUUUCUGCUUUAAUAUAGUUCUUUCAAUAGAUAGAAAAUUGAAGAUUAAUCCUGUUCAUCAUUUAGUUAUUUUAUAGGGUGCAACAUAUUCCAUUUUA